AUGUCUGAAACUGUCAAGCCCGAGCGACCACCAGGUCCCUGCUUGGGGUCUCUCCUGGAAGAAAAUUUGCGAACAGCACAGUCAAUAUUCUGCUCAGGGGAUGCGCCAUUAGCCAAACGGACGACCGACACAGUACACAAUCAGUCACUCGAUGAUAACCAGGAUACCGAUCAUCGUUACCUUCUUGAAUAUGCCAGCGUCCGAACCCUCCCUGAAUCCAUCGCGGCCAGACUUCCUCCAAUGGGCGAAGCGCGGGCUCCAACUGCACUGCAAAGAACACCGUCGCAGGCCCGACGACAAAAAACAGUCAAACUUCUAGAAGGUCCCGCCGCUGCUUCUCCUACAACCGCAGGUUCUCACUUCUCCGACACACUUGUGCGCCCCUUCGGGAACGUCGACCCUGUCUCGCAGACGUCCGUUGCAACAUCCAGUAGGCCGCAAUGGCAUCCGCCCUGGAAACUGAUGAGAGUCAUCUCCGGCCAUCUAGGCUGGGUUAGGUGCCUUGCGGUGGAACCAGGAAACAAAUGGUUCGCUAGCGGAGCGGGAGAUCGCACCAUCAAGAUCUGGGACUUGGCCACAGGGUCCCUGCGGCUAACACUAACCGGCCACAUAUCUACAGUCCGUGGUCUUGCUGUUAGUCCUCGCCACCCAUACAUAUUCUCCUGUGGGGAGGAUAAGAUGGUCAAGUGCUGGGAUCUUGAGACAAACAAGGUGAUCCGCCAUUACCAUGGUCACCUGAGUGGCGUGUACACGCUUUCCCUCCACCCUACUCUUGACGUGCUGGUCACGGGUGGGCGUGACGGCGUAGCCCGGGUCUGGGAUAUGCGCACUAGGAGCAACAUCCACGUACUAUCAGGCCAUACGGCAACUGUAUCGGAUGUAAAAUGCCAGGAAGUUGACCCCCAAGUUGUCACCGCCUCCCUCGAUUCCACCGUGAGGCUCUGGGACUUGGCUGCGGGUAAGACUAUGGGUGUCUUGACCCAUCACAAGAAAGGGGUGAGGGCUCUGGCUAUACACCCGAAUGAGUUCACAUUCGCAACCGGCAGUACAGGGAGCAUCAAGCAGUGGAAGUGUCCUGAAGGUGCCUUCAUGCAAAACUUCGAGGGCCAUAACGCCAUCAUCAAUACUCUGAGCGUCAACCAGGAAAAUGUCUUCUUUUCGGGCGGGGACAAUGGCUCUAUGAGCUUCUGGGAUUGGAAAACCGGGUACCGGUUCCAGUCUGUCGACACCACAGCGCAACCGGGCUCGCUUGAUGCCGAGGCCGGGAUAAUGAGCUCGACCUUCGACCGUUCCGGACUGCGGUUGAUUUGUGGCGAGGCGGAUAAGACAAUAAAAAUCUGGAAACCAGACGAACAAGCUACACCAGAGACGCAUCCUUUGACAUGGCAACCCUCUCUAACAAGACGAAGAUUUUGA